CGUAGGUGGAAGAGUUAUACAGCACGUAUGAAGAAUUUGAAUGUACUUCGGAUGAAUGUAUUGAUGACUCGCUCAUAUGCGAUGGCAUGCCAGACUGCAGUGAUGGAUCUGAUGAGACGGUAAGCGUUUGUGCCAGUAUGAUAUGCUCCGACUACUCUUUCCGCUGUGGCUACGGUGCAUGCAUAAGUGUCCAACAAGUUUGUGAUAAAAUUUGGGAUUGUGUGGAUGGAUCCGAUGAAUUAUGCUCAAUGAGUGUAGAUACGGAUACGCAGGAAGAACCACAAGAAGAAAAACGAACAUCCACGCCUACUGCUUGCACUAUACCCUACGAGAACUUGCAUCUACAAGUCUGGCUUCGUGGCACAAAGAAACUUUUGUUUUAUUUUGAUAAAAUAUUGCAAAAUGAGACUGUCGAGUUCGAGUGCUCGGCCGGUUUUGAAUUGGUUGGUGCGAACCAUUUGGUGUGUAUGGACAAUAAUUGGUACCGCCAGUGGCCCAAAUGCGUAGCGUUGCAUAGGUCCGAACAAUGUCUGCAUAAUCGCACAUCCUGUGAUAACGGUGAAUGUAUUGCUACAGCAGCACUUUGCAACGGUGUUAAGGAUUGUACAGAUGGUUCAGGUGAGACAGCGACGAAAUGUUAUGGACGCCAUUGCACCGCAAGUGAAUUUCAAUGCAAAUAUGGUGCUUGCAUUUCAAUAGGGGCAGUUUGCGAUACAAAGCAACACUGUGCGGACGGUUCGGAUGAGACGCUGCUGCUUUGUACCAAAGAUGAAAAUGAUUUCUAUAACAUAUUGCAAGGCGGGUGUGUGUAAGUAAUAGAGAGUAAUUUAUUGUUGUUAUGCAACAACAUUUGUUAUUAACUGCCUUUCUCAACUUCAACCACCCACAUCAAAUAAUCUGACGUUAAUAUUAUACAUUUCUUCAAAAUAAGUAUCUAUAAUUCUUCUAGGACCUCGUUGCUCGGUUGUACUUUGUUUUUCGAUCAACUAAGGCUAAGGUCAGCUCGUAGUACAGCCUUUCCGUCCAUUUUAAACGUAGUUUUAGCUUAAGAAUCAGAUGUUUGCUGUCUGCUGUUGUUGUUGUGUUAGUAGCAUAAAUAUUACUCACACAUGCAAGGGGAGUGUUGUCAGUCUGCCAACGUAGAACCGACUGUAGUGGGAACGUCAGUUUUGGGCGCAAAAAUUGUAUUGAAUACAUUCGGCAUUCGGUCUGUGUUUUGCAUUCUAACAUAAAUUUAUUUAUUUCACUAAUUCCGGCAAAUAGUUGACUUCACUUGGUGAAAAAUUAUUGCUUAUCGCGAACUUUUUUAAUCCUCCGUCGGGCACCCGGGUCUAGCUGGCUUUUCGACUUUGGACAUGAAUUUAACAUAUUCUAUUAUAGCGAACGACUUGAGCA